UUGAUUGAGUUGUUCUUUGUCUUCAAAAAAAUAACCCAAAAUACUUGUGUAACAUUUUUCUUAGCUUAUAUUCAUUAUUAACUCAAUUAGAGCGUAAACUUUGAUUAUUUUUGUGUGCAUUUGGAAAAUAAAAAAAAAAUGGGAUACUUAAUGAAUGGAAAUGGUGUCACUGCUUUACAAUGGCCCCAAACUCCAACCGAAACCACUGAUGUUUGCGAUGCUAACUCUCCUCUCCUAGCCACGGGUGAGCUACGAGUCGUUAACCAAAUCUUCCAACCAUAUGGCCUUCGUCGAGCCUUCAGUGGCCGUGUGGUGACCGUGAAGUCAUUCGAGGACAAUGCAGUGGUGGUGGAAGCAAUAUUUGCAAACAAGUUGCACGAGCCGAAUGUCCUAGUCAUCGAUGCAGGGGGAAGCCUAAGGCGGUCAAUGGUAGGAAGUGUUCUAGCCCAGAUGGGACAUAACAUGGGGUGGGCUGGGAUAGUUGUAAAUGGGUGCAUAAGAGACAUUGAUGAGAUCAAUUCGAUUGAUAUCGGGAUUCGAGCCUUAGGGUGUGUCCCGGUGAGGUCCUCCAAGAAAGGAGGGGGUGAGAAGAAUGUUACGGUUCAUUUUGGUGGAACUUUGAUUAGGGAUGGAGAUUGGUUAUGUGCUGAUAGUAGUGGCAUUUUGGUGUCUAAUUGUGAGUUAUCUGUUCUUGGACCAACUUAUAGUCCCAUUCUUCAUAAAUAUGGGACUAAUAUGAAUUAUGAGGGUAGUUGCUAUUACACUCAUACCAUUGCUGACUACACUAGCCCAGCUGAACGACACCGGUUGUUCGCGGCUCACUUUCUCGACGAUCUCAACUUCCUACCGAAGUACCUCCCUAAGUCAUUUGAGACCAUUCAAUACCUUGUUGGCGACUCUACUACGGUUGGGAGUGUCAAGCUAAUCAAGUUUCCAAAAGGGCAUCCGUUCAAUUAUAUGAAGAACAAAGUGGAUGAAAUCGAUAGUGAUAACUUCUACAUCAAGUACUCAACAAUUGAAGGUGACAUUCUUGGGGACAAAUGGGAUCAUAUUGAGUAUGAAGUCAAGAUCGAACCUUCGAUUACCGGUAGUCAUUUUAAGAUGACAGGCCACUUCCAUCCCAAAAAAGAUGUCAUGCCUACAGAAAAGGAUGUUAAAUAUGGGCAAGAAGAGCUCAAGAACAUACAUAAGGUUGCUCAAGAAUUCCUCUUCCUCUACCCUCACCUCUAUGCCUGAUGUGGUCAAGAGUUAUUUGGUUACACUAAUAAGUGGACCUGACUAGUAUUAAUACUAUAAUUAUGUGCCCUAAUAAAAUGUUUCAAAAAAAAAAAUGUACCCUAAUAAAUGUAUAACUGGUAUGUUGUAGUUUUAAUAAUCCGGGGAUUAGCGAUUUGAAUACAAAUCUUGCCCUAAAGAGGGCGACUAUGAAGGUAUUUUUAUAUUGCUAUAGAAAUGUA